AUGAAAGUACAACGGCACCAACAACGGAAUGCUCCAAGCCGUGCUAUUGACUAUGUUCAGAGACAGCUCCAUUGCUGUGGCAUCACCAACUACUCAGACUGGAAGAACACGCGUUGGUUUAAGGAGUCUAGGAACAACAGUGUGGCGCUGAGCUGCUGCAAACCCAACAUGAACAACUGCACCGGCUCCCUCUCCCGCCCCCCCGGAGACCUCUAUCCUGAGGGAUGUGAAGCCCUGGUUGUGAAGAAACUGAAAGAGAUAAUGAUGUACGUCAUCUGGGCCGCUCUGACGUUUGCUGCAAUUCAGAUGCUGGGAAUGCUGUGUGCUUGUGUGGUGCUGUGUCGCAGAAGCCGAGACCCGGCCUACGAGCUCCUCAUCACCGGAGCGACGUAUGCAUGAAAGAACCUAGCAGACAGACUUUCUCUUUUCAUUCACACACAAACACAAACACACUGGGCUCAGGUGGCACACUGGAUACGCCCUAAUUUAUCUCUGUUUCUACACACAUUACACAGGGUUUGCUCACACGUUGCACUGGUGAUGGGUGAAACAAAGUGCAUACUCUUUAUUUAUACAGUAUAUGUCACUGAAAAACGACUGCAUUUUAAUUUAAACCUUUGUUUUUCUCUCAAAGGCGUCGGGCCAGACUGCAAAAUGGCAAACAGCCAGUUUUUAAUCCCGCUGAAAAGACUUUAACAAAAGAAAAGUUAACAUUUUCUCUUCCUUGUCUCUGUUAUAUGGAGAGGAAGAUUCUGUUAUUGUAUGGAAUAAUAUGUGGAAUGUAUGCUUUCCUCAUUUGUUAGUUUGCACUAUGUGUACGGUUUAGUUAUAUAUUACAAAUACCAAGAUGGUAAAUGGUUGGGAUGGGGAAGUGCUUUGAUACAAGAGGAUAGACUCGUGGUACUGCUGUCUCAGAUGUCACCCAUCACCAGUCCUCAGUCGCUCAGGGACAGUGGCAGUGUGAGAGACAGGUCUGGAUUGACCACACAAGAUUGCUUGGCAUUGUGGGUCCAAUCGUACAGCUAAAGGUUCAAAAUGGGAUUCACAUCAGUUUGCAUGUAAAGUGUAAAGAGGUUUGGAGGAUGCCCUAGAUGCUCUACCUACCAUUUACUGAACUCUUAUCUUCUUUUUUUGUUUUUCCAUUGCUUACAGUGUGAACAUUACUAGUCUAGUAAUAGAUUUCUAAGUUAGUUUGGAUAACAUAUAGAUAUGUUGAACAGGCUCAACAGUGUAUUAUUUUAAAUGAAUGUACAUAGGGAGGAAAAAUGGUGAAAUAAGAUUGUAAUAUCGAUCUUAAAAUAAAUGUUUCAUAAGUUGA